AUGGAUGUUGACGUUGAUCACUAUAAUGUGCUGGGGCUACCUUCUGGAGAGGAAGGGGCGAAGCUAACUGAAAAAGAGAUAGCAAAAGGUUAUAAACUUAAGGCUUUAGUGUUGCAUCCAGAUAAGAGGCCAGAUGAUCCGAAUGCGCAUGAAAAUUUCCAGAAGUUGAAGUUGUCAUAUGAGGUUCUUAAGGACGAGAAAGCCCGGAAAUUGUUUGAUGAUCUCCUUCGAGCUAAACGAGAGCAGCGUGCCCGUCGGGGUCAGCAGGAUGCGAAGCGGCGGAGGAUGGUAUCUGAUCUUGAAGAUAGGGAACGAGCUGCAUAUGCUGAAGAUCCUGGCGAAGUGGAAAGAAGGAGAGUAGAAAAGAUUGACAGGGAGUUGAAAGAACAAGUGGAUAAAAUAAGAGCUAUGUUUGCGAAUAAAGGUGUGCCUGUGGUGAAGAAAGAGACGGUGGGAGCAAAGAAGAAUGGGAUUGAGGAAGAUGAGAAGAAGAUACUUAAUGUCAGAUGGGAAAAAGUGGACAGCGAGGGUUAUAGUGCAGAGAGGUUGAGAGAGUUGUUUUCGAAGUUUGGUGAGGUUAAAGAUGUUGUUAUUAGGAGUGGCAAGGAAAAGAAAAAAAGAGGUCAAGCUCUUGUUGAAAUGGCAACUGAAGAAGCAGCUGUUGCUGCUUUGGGAAAUGUGUACGGAAAACUGUCAAAUCCUCUUCUAGUUUUACCUUAUGGAAAAAAAGUUACAGCAUCAACGAUUCCUACGAGGGAAUCUGAUGACCUAAACAAUUUUUCUGGGAUUAAUCAUCAAGCUUAUGAAGAUAACAUCUUAGGGAAGCUCCAAAAGGCUGCAGAAAACCAAAAGCGAAAGGCAUAG